AUGACCCCUUUGCGUCAUGUACUGUUGGUUUUCCUCGGGGCGAUCCUGGCGUUGCGGCAAAUUGUGGCCGUGUCGCUGGUCGAGAUCUCCGUGGAUGUGGAUGGGCAAAGUUUUCCAUUCACCUGGCGCCCCGGCUCCGAAGAUGUGGUGCUGAAAGUGGAGAACUUUUUGGAGGAGCAUAGCUUGGACCCGUUAUUGAGAUUCUCGAUCCUGAAUGACAUCAAGGUGCGGCGUGCUUGGCUGGUGGCCAAUUCGACGGCUUCGCCGACCCUGAAGGUCCCGUCCAUCCCGUUGAAACGUGGACAACUCACCAAGGAGGUGAAAAGUGAAGAGCAGACCAUUCUGGCCCUGCACAUGGGCCACGAUUCCAGCAUCGCCAUCACCCGCAACGGCCGCGUGCAGUGCAUUUUGGAACUGGAGCGGCUGUUUGAAGUCCGCUACUUUGCUCCUCCGGUGAAGGACUGGACGAAGUUUCGAAAGGAUUGGACCCAUGCACUGAAGACGGUGCAGCGGAGGUGUGUUUGUGAGGAUGGAUGGAUACCUUCCCACUUCACGGAUGCCGUAUUGCUCUUCCCUGGCUUUGCACAAGAGCAAUUCAUUUUGAUCCAUCUGGCGGAGAAAGUCUUUAGCAUUGACAGAUGGCACUACUGCGACCAUCACCAGGCCCAUGCGUUGGCAGCGUACUAUUCAUCACCCUUCCGGUCUGCUCUCGUGGUGUCCUACGAUUCGACCGGCAACGAUGGUACCUUCAAUGUCUAUCUGGGUUCCUUUGACAAAAUGCAGAGGAUCGCACAACUGGACUACAGUUUGGGCAGUGCCUAUGAACAGCUGGCCACUCUCUUGCCCGAGGUUACCGGGUCUCCCCUUGAGGCCUUUUUUGAUUGUGACCAGAUCAAUGUCACUGAAGUUAGUGAGGUUGGCGAGAUGGUUGGCCCACACACCCUCUACUUCACGACGCAUUCAUCUUUGCCCUGGGCCGGGAAGUUGAUGGGAUAUGCCGCAAUCGCGGAACCCAUCGAAGAUCUUCGGCCCUUGGUGCGUUUCUACCUGGAAGUCUCUGGAAGCCCAGGGCAUGGCAAUUAUCCCGCGCCGCUGCUGCGUGCAGCUUGUGAAUCCGUGGAAGGUCAACGUGCUUUGGGUGCCACCAUCCAGUUGGAGUUUGAGAAUUUUGUGGAAGAGCGAGUCAAAGCUCUUCUGGAGCAUGUGGGUCACCAGGAGGUUGAGGGUAUUGCCCUCACAGGCGGCUGUGCUCUGAACGUCCUGGCAAAUCAACGCAUCUACGACUUGGUCACCAAUGGCUCGUCCGGUUCGGCCGGUUCAGUGUUGGAUGUCUAUGUGCCACCUGCACCCAAUGACAGCGGACUGAGCUUAGGGGCCACCUGGUCCGUAGCACCUCCAAAGGUGCGACAACCGCUGCAAUACCUGGGCUUUCCCUUAUGGGAUGAAGGCAGGUUGCUACGAUAUGCCAGAAACAGAGGUGCGAAGCGUCUCUCGAGCCUGGGAGGGGUGGAAUACUUGGCCGAUUUGUUGGCUGGAGGUGAUCCCUGGCUCAGGCAGCGCAAUAGUAGUGCUGAGAAGCCGAUUGUGGCCGUGGUGCGAGGUCGCCAGGAAUUUGGUCCGCGGGCCCUGGGGCAUCGCUCCUUAUUGGCGGUCCCGGACAGCCACCAGAUGCGCGAGCGCAUGAAUCGUCUCAAGGCACGACAGUGGUACCGCCCCGUGGCGCCCAUGAUUGCUGAGGAAGCGCUGGGACAGGUCUUUGGUCGUCAUGUCUCGUCCCCAUUCAUGACCAUGGCCCCCCAGGUGUUGCCCGAGACCCGUCGCAGCUUCCCGGCGCUUUCCCAUUUGGACGGCACGGCGCGGCAUCAGUCGGUGGCACGGACGGAAGAGCCCUGGAUCCAUGCCCUGCUGAUGGCGGUGGGGAAGCGAACGGGCUUGGCUGCACUCAUCAACACGAGCUUCAACACCAAGGGCAAACCCAUCGUAAACAAAAUAAGCGAAUGUUUGAGCAUGUUGGACGAUUUGCCUGACUUGGACUUUGUCGUCAUCGAAGAUUGGAUCUUCCGCAAGCGCAACGUGGGAGGGCAGCGCCCCUGGUGA